UACAUUUCUUGUAUUACCGAAAUAUAAAUUAGCGAAUAAUGAGCGAAUAAUUGAUUACGAGAACGGUUGAUUAUUCUCUUUCCGAAAAUGGAAAGCUCUUCGCGCGGAUAAUGAAAUAUCUUUUAUAAAAUAAGGAUGUUUAAAAUAAGGGUUGAGCGCCCUUCCAGAGUGAUUUUCCAUCGUAUACUUUUAAAGGGCGUCCCCUAGUAAGAGAGUUUAAAAUUUUAGGAAGACGGACUCUCGAACGAGAACGUCAAGAAUCUCUUCGUAAAGAUCCAAGAGGAGACGGGAUAAAUAAACAAAUUCUAUUUUAUUGGCUCGAUGGAUAACUAUAAUUUAUGCAUCAAUUUAUCGUGCAUUCGCGCCCCAGGCUUAUAUUGGUCUCGAAUUGAAAUUAUAGUGAUUCACGAGGAGAGAGAUCUCGAAGUUCGGCGACGGAUCAUGGGAGAAGAUCAAUAUUUUCUAAAACAAGAUUUCGGGCUGAUCGGACUUCUCGAGGUGACUUUUUUCUACCAUACUUGUGAUUUAAAGGACUCGCCAGGUAGAAGAAAUUCAGUUUGGUUCGAAAUUUUGGGAGAACGGAAUUUUAAUUCUCACGCGAACGCGAGGCAUCGAGAAUCCCUGCGUAGAGAUCCAGGAGGAGUACACGAAAUAAAUAAAGAAAUUCUACUUGGCUGGCUCGGAACUGGAGAACUGACAUCAAUUCCCAGGAAGCCAAUUCCGGCGAAACCGGCGACAUAGGAAAGGACACUAAAGCGUCGCACGGUCGGUGGCCGGCGACGCGACGUGGCCGGUACUCGCGAUUUAACCCGCGCCCCCCCCCCGCGCGUAACCCUCUCCUCCUUGCACGGGCUCGAGGGGGUUAAUGAUAAAAGUAGCCGGCACGAACAUCGCGCCUUCAGUCGGUCCGCGGCCUCCUCGUUGACUGCUGUUUUCCCGCCGCUCUCUCUCUCGAGCUGGGAAGAGGAAGCGCAUCGCGAAGUUCGGAGUGUGGAAGUUCUUUCGUUAAUAUGCCCGUGACGAUCUGAGAUUCUCUGGAGAACCACGCGUCGGACGGUGCAAACCUCGAGUCGAUCAUGCAUAAGUUAAUCGUGCUUCUCUGCCUGUUCCACGCGUGCCUACUGCCCUGCGAAGGCGGCACGACUGCCAAUCGAGGAUACGUCUUCACCGCGCCAAGAAGAUUCGUGGCCGGCGAAACCGAGAGCGGCUGUUUGUCGCUGCACAAUCUCGAGCCACCGGCGCACGUUGUCCUGGAGCUGCUGUCUCCGGCGGGUACGAGCGCGGAUGACGAGAUACUUACCAGGACGAACGGCAUCGUCAAGACAGGUACAGAGUUUGAGGCUCGCGUAUUUACGUCUGGGGAUAAUCGAGUAUUCGAAUACGACCCGGCAUGUUAUCGCGUCGCGUGCGCGAUAACGUGUAAUCGUCGAAAAUACGACGGAUUCCUAUGUUCUAUUCAGGGACGUAGCAACGAGAUAGGAGAAGAAAGGGCGAUAUUCGAGCGAACGAGUAGUCCUUAAAGGGAUCCCAAGCAGCACAUAUCGAUUGACAAACCGAUCAACCAACAUCGGGGUUACCAAUUUUGGCUAACGUCUGGUCGACAUUUUGUCAACCAAUGGUGAAGCUGCUCGGGACGAUAAAGAACCGACUAUGUGAUUUAUUUAGGAAUUUGACGAAGAGUUUAUUUUCGGGCACUCGGCUACGCUACUGAACCGCGUCCCGGUCUUUCCUCCUUCUUCCCUCGCAGCUCGAAUCGGACGCUUUAAACAAAUCAUAAAUUGAAAUUGUCGCCGCUUCCUGCGGGGGAGCUAAAUGAGCCGAGUCUCUCGCCGAAGGGGAAAUAAGUAAUCGCUCGGGAUCACAUGGGAAACCCAUCUGUAUUGUUAUGCACGGGGUGAACAACAAGUACGGGGCCUGAUCAAGGUCCGAGUUUAUCGUAUCGUUUAAGAUUGAAUUGUCGCAGAUGUGCGGAAAGAUUUAUCGAUGAAUCGUUAAAAAGAUAAGGUGGUCAAUAGAGUUUGCGAAGCGAAGAUUCUACGCGGUAGAGUAUUUAAUGAUGUAAAAAUGAUGUAAAUGGCUUAAUAUGCAAAUACAUCUUUCUUUCUUCCUUUC